UCAACCUCCAACAAGUUACUAUUUCUUGAGAACAUCCAGCGAUCAUGCCAUCGUCGUCGAUGCAGAGUACUACUGGCCGGAUGCUGAAGUUGAAGAGCAAAGACGAUGAAACUUUCGAGGUGGAAGAGGCCGUGGCCGUGAAGUCCCAAAUCAUUAAGUACAUGGUCGAGGACGGCGUUUCUAAUGGGACGAUCCCGUUGCCAAACGUCGACGGCAAGACCCUGGCCAGUGUGCUUCAGUGGUGCGAGAAGCAUGCCGAUCCUACCGUCACCGAGGAUGAACUCAACAAGUACGACGCUGGUUUUAUCGACGUUGAUCAGGCUGUUCUCUAUGACCUUCUCUUGGCAGCAAACUACCUUAAUAUCGAGGAGUUGUUGACACUGGCAUGCAAGAGGGUUGUCGAUAUGAUUAAAGGAAAAAGUCCGGAUGAGAUACGUGCAACCUUCAACAUCAAGAAUGAUUUCACCCCCGAAGAAGAGGAAGAAGUCAGAAAGGAGAGUGCUUGGGCCUUUGGCUCCUGAUGUGUCUCAAAUAUUUUCUCCUGAUCUUGAUCUUCUUUUUGUUCUUUUGUUCUUUUUUUUUUUUUUUUUUGGGUUUUAGAUUUGCUUUUUUUGACAGAGGAAAACAUUUUGAGCAAGCUGUUUCUUAAUUGUCUUGUGUUUGGUAGGGAUGAAAACUAGAGGUCAGUUCACUGAAAAUUUUUAGUAUCGAUGAUGGUUGUAAGUCAAUGUAGAAAAAUAUUUUCUUUGUUUCUGGUUUUCUG